CCGGCGCUAUCAUCUGCUCCAACGGAAACGCCAAACGUUAGACUUUAUUCCAUCUUCACUGAUUGUUCACUCUUCUCUUUCAUCUCCUGUUUUCUGUCUCAAAAUUGCCACUCUACUGUCUCCUCCAGGUCUCGACUCGCUUCAGCUCUUUUCCCCUGCCGGUUCUUUUGCCCCUGAGCUAUUGAAUUGAAUGUGUCUCGUUUGACGAGGAAACUUUUGCGAAAAAAUGGCCUCUUCUAAACGAGUUUUUCGGUGGUACCAUUGAAUACCAGGGCGCGACAACAAACCAUGAUUCAAUAGCUCGAGUCAUCCUUCGGGAGAGACGGAAUCGAGACAGACACCAGUUGGGUCGAGACUUAGCCACUGGCCUGAUGCAUGGUGUUGACAUGUCUCAGCUGCUUUGCUGCAACCAUGACAUGCUAUUGAGCAUUGACCUCGACAGGAUAUCUCCAACUGGCCAAACUUCCUCUUCAACUUUAAUUCACAUCGCACAAGGGGGCAGCAGUACACUCUCCACCCGUCGCCUCGUCGUCAAUUAACGUACCUCUGGCUCUUCUAUGAGAAAGUCAUAGAAUGACUGGUCCUCGUUAUGAUCCCCCGCCAUGGUGGGAUUGGAGGUCGGAGGCUACAGCAAAUUCUGGACUUGCGUAGCCACUCGAGUGUUCGUCCAGCUCUUGUGUUUAGAUGUCUGAAGGAGUGGGCCGGAUAUCGCUUUUGCCUAUGCAACCAGGCGUGCCCUGGCUGUCACUUUAAUAGCAACUGGUCGUCGAUUGUGAUCUAAGGAUCCAGGUAUGAUAUCGAGUGGAAGUGCGAUCGAGCUUCGAUCAGUGAACGUCUUGAUAAACAACGUCUGUUGGUUCAGUCGGCUUGGGCCCGUGGCCGGCACCGUACUUCGCCACGGAGGUUGGUUGUUUAAAGGACCCGACUGCUUAUACAGCAAUUUGAAGCCGCAGACUCCGACGUCACUGGAACCUGCUCAAUAGUUCUAGCACCACGGACGCCGAUUUGCAGCCAACAAGUAAAUUAGAAGAUCGAGGGCCCUGUUCCCAUUCCAGGAGGGGCGAUGCUGUACGGUAGUCUCGUGCUCCCACCAAACACAAGAUAAAAUGUCACCCCACCAAAGAGAUUUCUCGGCACCACGAGACAAUCGGUCACCUAUUAGGUGACGGAUCGAAUGUCUUUUCCGGCCCUUAAUUCUUUCUCAGAUGAUGAGCGAAUGAGUGGCCGUGCCUUUCGUUUCCACUAACGGUAUUCAAGGCCUUCCUCACUGCCGCUCCGCGUACCUGCUUCACACCAUUGUUAACGUCAAAGGACAUGCUGGGUUGGGUGACAUUUGCCCAGAUCGUCACAUCUUUACUCACAGGUUCCCUCUUCAGCCGCACUAUCGACUGCGUAUCCUCGUGGUGGUCUUUCGUUUUCUCGUACUUUGGCCUCCGGCCCCUUUCCUUCUCCUCCUCCGUCUGUCGCCUCUUCCCCUGAGGCUGUAAGAGUCGAGUGACUAGUCACGGGGACAUCCAACGUUGUCCCGAGGCCUGAGCGGUAAUAUGGUUCGAGGCCCUUGAUGACUACACUCUGGCGUGCUCACGCAUUCGCCCUAGUUAUAGGAUGUGGUGAGAUCUGUUUUGUCAAAAAUAACAUAGGGCAACCUGAUGGUGUUGUGUCAAAGCAGGACAAGCUUCUCUUCCCUUCCCCACGUGAACUAUUAGGCUUCCAAUAGGAAGAUGUGGCUGGUAUGAAUCCGUGGCCGUGGGAAAGCCAAUGCUGAAUGAUGGAGGAGCCAUGUGUGGAUUCAAGUCGACGCCCUGAUUGUGUUUGCAUUAACUCGACAAUCGAAUUGGCCAGUGCCCCCGCCUUUACCGCCCAAGGGGGGACUUGGGGACAGCUUCUGGGAAACCCGAGCUGGAAUUGGACCUGGGAAAUAGGUGGACUCCUUUGGGGGGAGGAGACAGGAAACCGGGGCGGGGAUUAGGUCCGGGAAGGAGACGGGGACCGACUGUAAGUGGUACUUUGGGCAUUCGUGCUCUGUAAAGUGAUCGGCAUAUCGAGACCUUGCCCAUCCAGCCUUUAUUGGACAUCUUGGCUUGACAAGCCCUACCGCUCACAUGUCAAGCGCGGAAGAGUGCAUGUUUGAGGCGCCUAUAUCUUCCCUGCCAGUGUCGUUCUCCGAGUUCUGUCAGUUUGGCGCGAUGCCGAAUCAUGUUGUAGUGACGAUUGUGAGCGGUCAGAUCUGGAUCUUCUUAAACUAGGCUAUCCAGGCACUCCACAAGGCUCUUGCCCGUUCUAAACUGGAGAGAGAAGGACGUUAUUCAUCUGUUAUCUCAUAAAAGCCAAGAGCCCGCUCGCUCUGUCAAGUGCCACAGCUCGACCAGCCCAGGUAUUCAGGUGGUUCAUCGAAAGAAGGACCACUCAUAAGUCGAGAAGCUCACUGGGCAUACUGGGAAUAACGACCAGGUGACUGAGGCACGGCCAUCGUGAUACUAGGUGAUACCACAAGCUUCUUCAUUUUGCUAUGACUUCGUACGGUGGUCCGGUUGUUUCGGAUGCCGCAGCACGGAGAUGAUAACUGUAACUAGAUGGUUCCAUUGAUUUGGUAAUUUUGACAGGAACACUCCAACCAGGUACGGAUGGCUUCUGAUCCAAAUCAGACCGCGUACUGACCACACAAUUCUGUAAGUAUACGUCUGUAUUAUGGUGGUCUGAUCCAAGUUCGCAACCGAGGAGCGGGGGGGGUGGCUGGCUACAACCAGGGGGGAGGGGGCUGCAAGCCUGUAGCUCACCCAACGAAAAUGUAUGCCAUGCCUGGGAAAAAACGACCCUGGGCUGAAGGGAUUCACGUUGGAUCAUGAAGCUAGGACGUUUCGAGGGGAAUUGGGGGACUAAUGGAGCCGGAUGUGGUUGUUGGCCGUUGAGCUGAUAUGUCGUUUUGGGGGGGCGUCGUUAGGAUUGAACAUGACGGACGGGAAAGACAACGGUUUUUUGUGGGCUAAACCAUGUCCAUCUAUCGCUGCCGUCUUCGUGGCGGGAGUCUUUUUUAGCCCUUAUGUUCGACGUCACUGUUUCUGGGUGUUGUUUCCUCUUUUUUCGGCGGUGGCAUCUUUUUUUCUGAUGGCGCUGAGUUUGCUGCAGAGUGUGAACAAGUUAUGCUCGUCGACCGAGAUGGUGCAGACAAGCCGUUGGCCGAAAGCCAACGUCACCUCGGAAAGGAAUAGGAAUACUUCUCUCUUCACCCUAUGCAAAGUGCAGCUAGCCCGGAGCUCCUUCUCCUCUUGUCAGACAGACAAUCGAUUAUGUAGGGCUUGCAUAAUGGUUUGUGUGGCUUGCUCAGCCCUGGCAAUUCAUAUCGAAAUGUUGUAUAGGUCAUAUUCAGCCCUGAUCUACGUUCGGCCGCGAGUAAGAUGCCUUGUGCGAAGAGAGCUCUUUGGGUCAGAUCAAAUACGGGCGGAAUUAGUCAACCGUAAGAAACAGAGGAAGGAUUCUUUUCGGAAGGCAGCCGCAGUUUCCUAGGACUGGAUGCUACGGAGUACAGGCACCUCAGAUACUGUGCCUAGGUAACUACCAACCCUGCGCCUGCCCUGUCCUGCACGGGGAGUAAGGUGUUUGGGAAGGUGCGACGCAGAACGGGUACCUUCUUCAUGCCAGCCAGGUGUUACACGCUGUGCGCGUUGUGUGGAGCUGAUGAGGAGGAAGGUUGAAUGUAGUAUAAGGUAAGGCAACGGACAAGAUAGUGGUCAUGUUGGUUUCGUUACUCAAUGGGAAACCGAAGGAAUUGCUCGAAAGACGACGGAUUUAUAGAGAUCGCGACAGGUCAACUUCCCUGCCACUUACACAGAUUCAGUUCAGGUCGAGCAAGUCAUAGUUACGUCUUAAACUCAUGUAAGAAACCGUUUUCUAUAACUCAAAAGCUUGUUCUGCAGAAGCCAGCGAUAGCGAGUGCUCCUAAGAACCCUUGAAGGAUCAGAUCAUGGCUAUUCGACCCAAACAACUCCUCUCUGACUGACGGGGCCUUCUGUUAUAGGACCCAGGCAUUAUUUGUGAUACCCUCCAGGCUCCAUUGCUCAAGGUACCCCUGAUCCUCGGUUCUGCAGGCCGAGUAGCUGGUCGUUCAGGCUGUCAGAACCCUCUCGUGCAUUAUCGCUGACGGGACACAAAUGUUCAUCUGUGAGCUCCCAUCCAUCCUUCACACGACAGUUACAGUACAUACCUAGGCAUUUUCAAGGUGACCCUGCUAACCAACGGCCCGGCCAUUUCAAUGCGCUGACUCGGAUAUGGCCCCUCCUGUGAACCCACGUCGGAGCCGGAGUGUGUGAGCUGUCACAUACUAGUGCGGUAAUACAUGAAAAAUGUUUUUUUUUUCACUUAUUUUUCAUUUAUUGCGCUCCAUGUUACGCUGAACUUCGGCAGAAGCAAAACUUCGCUUACAUCCCUGGCCCCGGCUGAUCUGAUCUUUGUCCAAACCUUAAACGACAAGGUCUUGGACAUUUGAAUGGCACCUUUUUUCUCCAAAUAUACCCAAUAAUACGAGACUUGAAUUUUACCCCUCGGAUCUCGUUACUAUUACCAGAAAGAGCAAUUUCUAUGACACCAAAUCUUGGUGCAUUGAGCUGAUCAACAUCUCCACGAAGCUUUAGUGUUAGAUCACCUACCACUGACAUGUACCUAGGCAAAGGUCAUGUAAGAGGUCUACGUACCUCAGCUUGCAGUAUCUUAGUCUCUUAACCUACCAUCGCCGAUCAAGGGCCACCCCUGAUCAUCGGAGCCAAACCGAGAACGUUCAGCAACUAUCCGUCUCCACCUAUAGAAUCAGCAAGACUCACAUUGGGUGUACAGGAACGCACACGAACGAGAGUGCAGGAUCGUGAUCUACAUGUAGUAAGCAGUCAGCCUUCCGGAGAAUAUCCAUGUUUUCUUUUCUUCAGGAGAAUUGCUAGCUACCGGAUCUAUUUACGCAUUUGCCUCGGCGCUCACUGUUCGUUGUAAAGCCGACGAUAAGAUUUUAUGGGGAGCUCUCUUAGUAGUCGUCACUAGCUCUUUGCGGCUGACAACUGACGGGCGAUCCAAAUGCACCCCUCUCCAGGUGACGAGAACAAGGAGUACCCCAGAUGGCUUGAUCAAUUACGAGCCUGUACUUGUAGUAGAUAUAUUACAGGCUAAAGGAUGUCCCGAGGCUCUUUCAACUCAAUGAUUUAUUGCUAUAGUUUGCAGAUGAAUCAAUUUCCAUAUUAAAAAACUCAGCGCAAAGCAAGCUUAAUUUCAUCUAGCCUCAAUCGAUCUAGUCUCGUCGACUAUAUGUCAGUGCCAUGGAUGUCAUGACCAAUGCCACCACAAAGCUGUUCCGAACAUGAGUCGUGCAGAAAGACAGCUUGUUAACCAAACUAUCAAAGCGGAAUACGAUAUUGUAAUUGGUAA